UGGCUGCAUAGAGUUUCUCAUCUCUUCUUCUUGUCCUUUUUUGUUUCCAAUCACUAUCUUCAUUUUCUCUAUUUGGUUCUUAAGAAAUGGCUCUCACUGGUAAAGUGGGUACUGAACUUAAAAUUCAGACACCUGCUGCUAAGUUCUUCAAUAUUUUUGUGGAGCAACUUCACCACAUUCAGAACAUUACUGACACUGUGCAUGACACCAAGCUGCAUGAAGGGGAGUGGCAUGAUGUUGGUUCUGUUAAGCACUGGACUUAUACCAUAGAUGGCAAGGUAACAACAUGUAAAGAAAACUUUGAGGUCAUUGAUGUACAGAACAAAUCACUCACAUUUAACCUUUAUGAUGGAGAUGUUGCAAAACAGUACAAGAUCUUGAAGGCUCACUUACAUGUGAUUGAUCAGGAUGAUGGCAAUGCUGUCGCUAAAUGGAUUUAUGAGUUUGAAAAGGUCAACGAAGAUAUUAAACCUCCAUAUGGCUACCUGGAUUUUGUGAUUAAAGCCACCAAAGAUGUUGAUGAUCAUCUUAUCAAGGCAUAACUCCAAAAGCAAUUAAGAAAGUGUUAAAUAAAUAACUAAAAGAAGAAUGGAUUUUACUAUAGUUUAGUGUUCAUCUAAAUAAUGAGUAUUGUAAACUAUGAUUUGAAGAUUAUUGUUGUUUGCUUCUUCAUUUAUUUAUAGUUCCUUGAAUAUGUGUAAGUAUGCAUA